ACCUGUGGUCUGCUUCAGGAGUGGGCAACGCUUCCUCUACGUGGGCAGCCAUCAGAGCAGGGCGCGACAGUCUUUGUGUACAGACGUGUGCUGUACCUGUGCGUGUUGUACACGCGUGCAUGGUGUGUGUUCUUCCAUCCUCACUGGCUUCUGGGGCAUCCCAGGAAAAGCUGCGCUAAAGAAUGCCAGCAGGAAAAUAACCAGAGACACGGCCAGAGAUCUAAGCACGGGAGCUUUACUGCACAUUCACACCCACAGAUCAUUAAUAAGCAUCAGUGAUCUUAACCAUAUAAUGGUCACUGAUAGGUAACCAUCAAGGAGUCAUGGAUAAGAGAGAAAAUUCAUAAAUUUCAUAAUGAGGAAAAUGUUUCAUAUGAGAAACUUUCUGAGUCAAGGGAAUCCUGUGACUUCAGUCCUUGAACUCCAUGGCGUACUCCCAGCCCAUCAGUGACUACAGUGACGCAGAAGACGACGUCUCAGAAUCCAAGUCCAACAUGAGCCUCUCUACAGGGUACUUCCCUUGUGAGGACGACUGCUACUCAGGGAGCACCUCCUGCACGGACACGUCUUCCGUGGGUUCUUCCGUGCACCUGCUGCCUCCCAUUCAGGGGACGUGGCAGACGGAAAGCACCAGGAGACGCAUGCUGAGACGAGACCAAGUCCCCGACAACCCUGAGCAGUUCUGCAAGCUGAGCAUUGCUACGGCCUGGGACAUGGAUGUGGACUCUGACCCUGAAGACAAAACAGACUGGGUUCUAAGUGGUGAGCAGCAGUGGACAGACCAGUGUCCAGUAGAGAGUACAAAACGGACUCUCAGCAAACUGGGGGAUCUCAUGCAAAAGCUGGAGAAGCUCCUGGAAAAUAGUAAAGACGAUGAAGAUAAGGACUCGGUAUUCCCCGCGCCUACUGAGGAGGAAGAUUCCCAGGGGUCCAGCGCCUCCCCACACCUGGCUCGAGUCAGUCCUCAGGAACACAACUCCAGCCAAGACUGGCCCAGACUCAAAGGAUCAGAAGAGAAAGAUGCCACUCGAUCCCCAGAGAGUUCUCUAAGGCUUAAGGAAGAUGAACUUGCUCAGCAGAGGGAGGCCCAGGUGACCGACAGCCGAAGGACAAGCCUCUCACUGGAGCAGCCAGAGAUGGAGGGCACGCCCCGCGGUGCCCACACCUUCUUCUGCCUGCACUUCGGGAGGAUCUUCCACUGGCUGAGGCAGCAGCUCUUCACCCCUCUGCUGAGGCGAGACCAGCCCGCCAAGGUCGCUGGGAGCCCCCAGCAGAAGGCACCGAGGAAAAGACACUGCUGUAGAAGCAAGCGAAUCCAACCUCAAGACUUCCUCGAAGAAGGCCCCUGCGCACCCCUCGACGUUCUGUCAGCUCCUGUUGUACAAGCUCCAUAGGUCCGCUUGCCCCGGUAAGCAGAAGGGAUGCUCCUGUUCUCACAUCUCUCAGAACCGCUCCGUCCUGGCUCCAGCUCAAGGGGUGUGCACUGUCCAGAGGGCUAACAAGUACUCUUGAGUAAUUACAGGUAGCAUUACGCUUCUUCAGCUGGAGAUAUUCAAAAAUUCUCUCUCCCCUCCCCUCUUCUUCCCAUAUUUCACCCAAGUUUAUCUCCUUUCACUGUUCUCUUUUAUCCCCUUUUCAGAAUGCAGUGCAUUUUGUCCGAUUCCCAUGAUGGUGUGAUUUUAGUUGAACUU